AUGGCAAGCACCCUUGGAUUCGAGGUCAUCAGAAACGCUGUUCCUAGCGAUCUCGUUAAGAAGGGAGCAGACGCGCUGCCAAAGCAAACCCAGCAUCGGCGAGAAAAGUAUGACGCAUAUGAAGUACCGUAUGAGUGUCAUGUAAUAAGAGAUAAAUUUAUUAGCAAGGAUGCAGACAAGGUCGCUCUCAUUGAAUUAUUGAAACCGAAGCCCAUUCCUUUAAAACCCAACUAUAUUUUCGCUGGCAUUUUUCGAGAGACGGACGCAGACCCAAGUAAAUUAAAAACAGCAGAAGAAGGCGAAGUAUACGUUACGAUCGCGCUCACGAACCUCAAUUCCAAUAACGGCUGGUACACGUUCUAUGCAGGUUCUAGAAAGAAUGAGCCAAUGACAUGUUCACACCCAGUUGCUCUUGAUUUAAGAGCAGGCGACGCUGUGAUAUGGCGAGGCGAUUUAAUCUAUUUUCAUUCUCCCGGGGGCGGUGGUGCAUUUGAGACUCUGGUUUAUAAUAAAUAA